UCGGCGCUCGGCUCGGGUCCGCGGCCGCUGCGGCGCCGGGCAUUUCUCCGCAGCUCGGCUCGCGGCCGCGCCCGCCCGGCCCGCGCCCAUGCAGGCCAUCAAGUGUGUGGUGGUCGGCGACGGCGCCGUGGGGAAGACCUGCUUGCUGAUCAGCUACACAACCAAUGCCUUCCCCGGAGAGUACAUCCCCACAGUUUUCGACAACUAUUCUGCGAAUGUGAUGGUGGAUGGGAAGCCCGUCAACCUGGGGCUGUGGGACACCGCCGGGCAGGAGGACUACGACCGCCUGCGGCCACUCUCCUACCCCCAAACUGACGUCUUCCUGAUCUGCUUCUCCCUGGUGAGCCCAGCCUCCUUUGAGAAUGUUCGAGCCAAGUGGUACCCAGAGGUUCGGCACCAUUGCCCGCACACGCCCAUUCUCCUGGUGGGCACCAAGCUGGACCUUCGUGACGAUAAGGACACCAUCGAGCGACUGCGGGAUAAGAAGCUAGCACCCAUCACCUACCCCCAGGGCCUGGCCAUGGCCCGAGAGAUCGGCUCUGUCAAGUACCUGGAAUGCUCAGCCCUGACCCAGCGGGGCCUGAAGACAGUGUUCGACGAGGCCAUUCGGGCUGUGCUCUGCCCGCCCCCUGUGAAAAAGCCAGGGAAGAAGUGCACGGUCUUCUAGAGCCCCCACUUCCGGAAGAGCAGCCCCCUCCCUGCCUGUAUCUGUUGUGUUGAGAUGUGUCUUUGAGUCCGCUGUGGGGGAGUGGUGGGGGUGGGAAGGGGG